AUGGCACUCGUGUCGACGAAACGGUCGCUGGCGAUUGCUUUCCUUUGGCUCGCCGUCGCCUCCUUGUGCGGUCUGUUCGUCUCUCGCGUGGAACUCGAUUUCGUGUUUACGAAGUUUCCCCGACGAAAAGAACUCUCACUACGUUCCGGAAAGGGAAAGGAAACGAAGGAGGAGACGAUGAAAACGACGAAGAAACGUUCAGUCGACGACGACGAUGACGAUGGUGUUGGUGGUGAUGAAAACAACCGUUCGGAAAUGAUGCGUUUUAAAGGCGGGAGAAACCGUCCUCAACCCCUACGACCAAAAGGUCAAGGAGAGGACGAGUCGAACGGGUUCGGGUGCGUUUCAAUCGAAAACCUCUUUUUCGUUCGGGAGAUGUGUUUACUCGACGUGAAUAUGGAAAACAGUGCAGAAUAUGAAGGGUACAAGAAGAUGUCCGCGCGAUUGACGGUUCGUAAGAAAAUGAAGGACGACGAUAAAGGCGGCUUUGAGUGGUCGUGCGGCGACUCGGUAAGAGUGGCAUUCGAGACGUCGGACGCGUUGUUCGGGCCCGUGAAUUCGCCGAUUUUUGAGGAGAGAGAGGAAGAGAGUGGGGAGAAGGUGUGCGGGGAGUUUCCAGUGGAAGCGAUCGUCCCGAGGGAAGGCGAACAGUAUCGAGGUAUUCGGGCGAAAGUGUGGUUGUUGCACGUGGACGGCGAAGGCCUCCAAGAUCCGGUGAAAGAGAAGCCGUUUCCGGAGAAUUUAAUGGCAAAGGCAAAUAAUUGUCCGCCGUGCGAUGGGCCAAUCGUGUAUAAUAUUAGGAGGACGUUUCCGGGGAAAGUAUACGUGGACGAGAAGGACUAUUUCGUGAGCGAAAACAUGGAGGAGGAUGUAGGCGCAGGCGAGAACGUGUUGGAAGACGCCGCGGGAUUUACCAAAUCCUAUAAGAAUACCAAAGAAGACGAAUCGACGCACGGGUGGUACAAGAUGGAAGCGUAUAAUGAGCGUCACGAGAAUCCAUCAGAGGAACUCGCUUGGAAGCGGGAAGGUUCGAAGAUUCCUUUUUGUACAAACGGCGACGGCGCCGGAAGGUGGGUGUUUUCCAAGAAAAUGUACCGAACGCAAAGCGAAGAAGACGCUUUAGAGUGGCGGUAUUACGGGUGCAAAAUUAAACACGUAUCAGGAUUGAAAUUGAAUAGAUGCUUAGAAAAAGUUGGACCGGUUAAGUUUGCCGGCGAGAGUACUUUAGGACACGUAUACGAGGCGUUUCUGCAACAUUUGAACAAGACGGAAUAUUUUUGGCCUACGAGACACGAUUUAGACGCCAGAAAAGUUUACGGAAGGUUAGAUUUACUUCGCGCGCAGAACGAUCACAGCGAUUUUCACGGCAUAGAUAUGGUGAACAAAAACCUAUUCGACGAAAUUCAUAACCACAAACGCACGGCAAACGUGAAAUUCGAAAACGUGGUGAUUCUACAAGGCGCGAACGACGCCGCGAGGUAUUCGAUUGAAAAGUUUAGAGAGAAGAUGAAAACUUUCGUAGAAACCGUGGUGAGAUACCGCGAAACGAGCAACGAGAGCGAACAGGUUCGGUUGAAGCGUUUAGUGUGGGUGACUGCACCGACGAGACAAUAUAAAUCGAGCAGCGGACCCGGUGAUAGCAUGUGCCCGAACGGAUCGUCCUCGGAAUCGAUGCGAACGUGUAGCGCGGGAAACAGCGGACAAGCCCACACGGACGUCGGUACGACGAGAUGGCACGGCAUCGAGAGCGGUACAGACGCGAAUGUACCGCCGAACUUGUACGGUACGCACGAACGAAGACAACUGUUGAACCAAAUAGCAAAGAAGAUGCUUCGAGAGAACGAAAAGAUGUUGGCGGAUGAGGUGUACAUCGUCGAUUACGAAAGUUUGACGGCGGCGUUGCCGUCGGAUUAUAACUACGACGGUGAACAUUGGGGAUGCCCGUGGCGAAGCUGGGAAAAUAGAAGAGGAUCAGGAUACAGCUGUAAAGGCUUAGCGAACGUCGUGGUGUCGAAUAUCAUUAGUCAUUUUCUAGGAUGCAAAGAUUUGCAUCUUUGA